UAUUUGUACGUCAAAUGAUACAAGUUUGUCGUUCCUAAUAUAAAAUUUUUUUAAAUAAAUACACGUUGAAAUAUUUUUAAGUUGCUUACUAUUAAAGUAACGUAGUUUCUUUGUCAGAAAUAUAUUUAGAAUACUUUAAAUCUUUAAUUUUCGGCGCCAUUUUGUAAAUGACCGGUCAAUUUUCUGAAGAAUUUUUUGAUCCAAUACAAAACUAAUUUGUUUGUGGCAGAAAUAGAAACAAUUUUAUAAAACUUCACGUGUGUAAUCUUUUGCCUUAUCUCAUAUUUUUUUGGCAAAAUUGAUACACUUUUGUCAGCCUUUAUUUUAAGAAUUGCAUGUCAAAAUCGCUGAUUACUUUGCUGGUGUGGUAUUUCAAAGAGAAUAAACUUGGCCAUAUUAUAUAGGAGUUUUAUAAUGUCUGACUAACUUAAUUAAAUACCUAAUGACCAUUGUAACAAGGGGACAGGGAUUCCUAGGGGAGCCCUGUGACAACACACAAAAUAUUCCUGCUACAUCAACAGCCAAUGAACUACAAAAUGAAUCAACCGAACUUGAUUUUCCCCAUGAUAAGUUGUUAUCACUUGAUGAAAAAAUAUCAAAUGUACGCUGGGUAGUACCUGUUCUGCCAGAUCAAGAACUAGAAUGUCUGCUUAAUGCUUCUGUUGACUUGGCAAAAAAAGGUUUAGACACACAAUCAGAAGCAUGUCAAAGGUUCUUUAGAGAAGGUCUAACAAUCUCCUUUACUAAAAUAUUGACUGAUGAUGCAGUUUCAAGUUGGAAGUCUAAUAUACACUUGUGUAUUUUUCAAAAUUGCCUCAAAUUGGUAGAGUUAUGUGUUGUGAAACUUAAACAAGAUUGGUUUCCACUUUUGGAUCUGUUAGCAAUGUUAUUUAAUCCCAAUAACAAAUUUCACACUUUCAAUGCUUCAAGAGCUAGUGAAACUGCUGGCUCAAAUACAAGUUUAUCAGAAGAGGAAUUGUUUGCAAGACCCUCCAAUGAUAUUAGAAACCCUAGAGGCUGGUUAGUUGAUUUAAUAAAUAAAUUUGGUGAACUAGGAGGAUUUCAGUUGCUGUUGGAGAGAUUUCAGAGUGGAAAUUUGAGUGUUUCUGUUGUAUUUGCACUCAUUAGGCCUUUUGGGUUGUCAUACGAAUUCUUAACACCACAUACUAUCAAUAAAUAUAUACUACCUGUUUUGGAUAUGAUUCCAAAUAUAUUAGAAAAAUUGACUGACGACGAAUUGAAACGUGAAGCAAAAAGUGAGACAAAGAGUGAUAUUGUUUCGGCAAUAAUAAAAUCUUCAAAGAAUUUGGCAUCUCGUGUGCCUAAUCAAGAGGAACUGAUAAGAGUAUUGGAAAGUUUUAGGCUAAAAAUGAUACUACGUCAAUUGCAAAUAUCCAGUUUUAAUGGAAAAAUGAAUGCUCUUAAUGAAAUUAACAAAGUCAUUUCUAGUGUAGCUUAUUACCCCAAUAGGCACCAUGGUAUGGAGGAGGAAGAGUACUUAACGCCAGAAAGAAUGGCGAAAUGGCUCAAAGAAAACCAAGUGCUAGAAAUAGUAUUAAGAGACUCGUUACACCAGCCCCAGUAUGUAGAAAAAUUAGAAAAAAUCCUCAGGUUUGUAAUCAAAGAACACGCCUUAACUCUGUCUGACUUGGAUGCCAUUUGGUCGGCGCAAGUGGGCAAACACGAGGCUAUAGUCAAAAACGUUCACGACCUCCUAGCAAAACUGGCAUGGGACUUUAGCCCUGAACAGUUAGAUCACUUAUUUGAAUGCUUUCAAAGCAGUUGGACAUCAGCAUCGAAAAGGCAGCGAGAAAGACUCCUGGAACUUAUUCGACGUCUUGCCGAAGACGACAAAGAAGGUGUCAUGGCUCACAAAGUCCUGACAUUGUUUUGGAACUUGGCCCAUUCUGAAGAAGUGCCCACAGAGAUUAUGGACCAGGCUUUAGCUGCCCAUGUUAAAAUUUUAGAUUACAGUUGUUCCCAAGAAAGGGACGCUCAGAAAACUGUGUGGCUCGAUAAAUGCGUAGACGAAUUGAAACAGGGUGAUUCUUGGGCUUUGCCUGCCUUAAAACAGAUUAGGGAAAUAUCGUGCCUAUACGAGCCCAAUGUGAAUGGAAUACAUACCCAGAGAACCAACCACACCUUUUACAGGCAGGAGGUCAUCGAACGAUUGCAGACGCAACAUUCGUUAGUUAUUUUAGUAACCAAUAGUUUGACUAAUUACAUGGAGCGACUAAGGGUGCUGGCGAAAGAACAUCCCGAAAUUAAUCCCGAAACUUACCUGCCUGAUGGGAGAUACAAUCACAAUUUACAGGUCCAGGAAAGACUGAAUUUUCUUAGGUUUCUUUUGAGAGAUGGUCAAUUGUGGUUAUGCGCUGAACAAGCGAAGCAGAUAUGGAAUUGUCUUACAGAAAAUGCAGUAUUCCCUUCAGAUCGCGAGGCAUGUUUUCGUUGGUUCUCCAAACUAAUGGGCGAAGAGCCUGAUUUAGAUCCCGGAAUAAACAAGGACUUCUUCGAGAACAACAUCCUCCAGCUUGACCCUGUUCUCUUAACCGAAAGCGGCAUCAAGUGCUUCGAACGUUUCUUUAAAGCAGUCAACGUCAAAGAAGACAAACUGAAACCGAAACGACGUGUUCUCCUUACCGAAGACCCCGAUCUUAUAGGUCUUGAUUAUCUUUGGAAAGUUGUUACUUUGUGCACUGACGAGGUGGCAGCUCGAGCUAUUGAACUAUUACGCGAAGUAACGACCAAUUUAGGACCUAGUUUGCAAGCUACACAGCUGGAAUUUCACGAACAGUUCAUUACUGAGUGUUUCAAUAGACUCAGGGCUUACUAUGAUACUGUGAUGGCACUGCAACAGUCCUCAGUAGAUAAAGAGUUUGAAACCAAACAAAUACACAAUAGAAUAAAAUCGGAAGCUGUGAAGAUGUGUCGAGUCCUNUACCUCAUGUCUCUGUCAAUAUUUUUUUUUUUUUAA